AUGGAAGACCUGGACGUUUCUCUACUCAACGAACCUGGAGUAGCCACAAGAAGAGGCAACAGCGUCUCCAGAGAUACAACACCAGACCUGUCCUGGCUUAGCGGAAUGCUGGAUAUCUCAUGGAAGUGUGAGGACCUGGACUUGGGAUCUGACCACACCAUAGCCACACUCACCAUACGGGGCCCAGACUUCCGGGCUAAGCUGGGAGCAGCUCGCAUAACGGACUGGGAUAAGAUGCGUGCAUACACACAACAAGACGGCGAAGACGCGGACGAAGGGGACCCACAUGAUACCUCGUACAAGACAUGGGCCAAGAAACAAAAGAAGAUCCGUGACAAAUUCACCCAAGAAAUUGCAACUACAACGAAGGUACCUUUCAUUGGCAGCAGGCUCGCUCACAUGUGGGCGGCCCGGCACUCGCUCACGAAGCGCUGGAAGAGGCAAAGGUGCAACAGGAAGCUUGCGCGUCGGAUAGCCGAGCUUAACAACGAAAUUUCGGAAUACGUGGCCAAGCUCAGCAAAGAGAACUGGCUGCAGGUAUGCGACGGCCUUCAGGGACAGCUGUUCGUGGGCAAGACAUGGAAACUGCUGAGGCACCUCAUAGACCCCGCAGGCAGCAAGACAGCAAGCAACCGGUUGCUGACAAAGGUCCUAAACACAUACGACGGAGACAGCGGCCGGCUUAUGAAGGCCCUAGAAGACCAAUAUUUUCAAGCGGAGCGAGGGCAACACCCGAUCUCGCAAGAAUACACAGGACCCAGCAAUGAAGACCUGGACAGGCUGUUCACGAUCCCCGAGAUGUGGACAGCAAUUGAUGAGAGCAACAAGAAAAGCGCUCCGGGGAGAGACGCCAUCACCUACAGGUUGCUCGCCAACAUGAGCGGUAGGACGGCACAAUCUUUGCUCGAACAUAUAAAUAAGGCUUGGGAAACCUCUCAACUCCCGCCGGAGUGGAAAGAGGCCGAGGUGCGAUUCAUUCCCAAACUGGGUAAGGCCCCCGCGAUCGAAAACAUGAGGCCAAUAUCGCUGACCUCCUGUAGUUGGCAAUGUGAUGGAGCAUAUGGUCUACGUUGCCUUCAGGAACACCUUGAGGUCUCUGACCAACUUCCGAAGACGAUGUUUGGGUUCCGCAAGCAUCUAUCAACACAGGACUUCAUGCUUCAGCUUCAAGAGCUGGUAAUCAAAAGAGCUAUGCGAAACAGCCCCAGGGCAAUCCUCGCCUUAGAUCUCAAAGGGGCAUUCGACGAUGUUACUCAUGCUAGUAUACUCACCAACCUCAAGGAGACGAGGUGCGGGAGGCGCACUUUCGGAUAUGUCAAAGACUUUCUGUCCUCCCACAAGGCACGAAUAUCAAUGGGUGAAGAGCGAUCAGAGCCCAUUGAAUUGGGGGAGCGGGGCACCCCACAGGGAGCAGUGUUAUCACCACUCCUGUUUAAUCUGACCUUACUGCCACUGCCACGAUUGCUAGACCAAAUCGAAGGAAUCGGACACGCAUUCUAUGCGGACGAUGUUACAAUAUGA